AUGUCCCGAUGGGCCUCCGGCAACCGUCGAUCGGUCGCCGCGCCCGUCACGCGCUGCGUCGCCACCGAGUCGAAGAUCGAGAUCAAGGUCCCGCCCAACGACGGCACCGUGCGCGUGCGCUUCGCGCCGUCCCCCACCGGCAACCUCCACGUCGGCGGAGCCCGCACCGCGCUCUUCAAUUGGCUCUACGCGCGCCGGAUGGGCGGCAAGUUCAUCCUCCGCGUCGAGGACACCGACACCGCGCGCUCCACCCGCGAGUCCGAGGACGCCAUGGUCAGGGAUCUCAAGUGGCUCGGCCUCGACUGGGACGAGGGACCCGACGUCGACGGACCCUACGGCCCCUACCGCCAGUCCGAGCGCGGCGCCAUCUACAAGCAGCUCGCGCAGCAGCUCGUGGACGAGGGCUACGCGUACCCGUGCUUCUGCACCGACGAGGAGCUCGCCGCGAUGAAGGAGGAGCAGGAGGCGAAAAAGCUUCCCCCCAAGUACAUGGGUAAGUGGGCCACCGCCUCGAAGGAGGAGGUGGACGCGGAGAUGGCCAAGGGCACCCCGCACACCUACAGGUUCAGGGUGCCCGAGGGUGAGCGCGUCGAGAUUGACGACAUGAUCCGCGGCAAGGUGGGCUGGGACACCGACACCCUCGGCGACUUCGUCCUCCUCCGAUCCAACGGCAUGCCCGUCUACAACUUCUGCGUCGCCGUGGACGACGCCACCAUGGGCAUCACCCACGUCCUCCGCGCCGAGGAGCACCUCCCCAACACCCUCAGGCAGGCGCUCGUGUACGACGCUCUCAAGUUCCCCAGGCCCACCUUCGGCCACAUGUCCCUGAUCCUCGCGCCGGACCGAUCCAAGCUGUCCAAGAGGCACGGCGCCACCUCGGUGGGGCAGUUCAAGGAGCAGGGCUACCUGAGCAAGACGAUGAUCAACUACCUGAGCCUCCUGGGCUGGAACGACGGCACGGAGCAGGAGAUUUACGAGAGCUCGGAGCUCGUCGAUAAGUUCUCCGUGGACCGCAUCAACAAAUCCCCGGCGGUGUUCGACACCGUGAAGCUCAACUGGAUGAACGGCCAGCACAUCAGGCUGUUGCCGGAGGAGGAGCAGAUCGCCAUGGUCGGAGCGGUGCUGGUCAAGGAGGGACUCGCGGCGUCGGCGGAUGGCGAGUUCACCAAGAAGGCAGUGGCGAUGUGCGCCAACGGCAUCGAGCUCGUUGAGGACGCCGCAAAGGAGGUCAAGGCGAUCCUGGAGUACCCGCUCAAGGAAAACCUCGCGGACGAUAAGAUGAUGAAGGUGAUCGAGGAUGACUUCGGCGAGAUCGCCGACGCGGUCAUCACCGGGUUCGAGAGCGGCGAGCUCCAGGCGGCGAUCGAGAAAAACGAAUUCAAGGGUUUCGUCAACGCCACGGGCAAGGCGCUGGGACGCAAGGGCAAGAGGCUGUUCAUGCCUUUCCGCAUCGCGCUCACGGGCCGCAUGCAGGGGCCCGAGGUUGGGGAGGUGCUCGACCUUCUCAACACCGAGGGGACCCCCGAUUCGGCGGUGUCGCUCGCCGAUCGCGUCGCGGCGCUCAAGGCUGAGUCCGCGGCGUGGGCCAAGUAG